UUUUGUUUUUUUUUUUUUUUUACGACAGUGACAGUUUGACUUUUACUUUUCGUGGUUCGGUUUUGAGAAGAAAUAAAAGUGACUUGCAGCCGGAAAUUGGAGUCUUCCUGUAGACAAAUGGAACAGAUAGAGGAAGAGCUGGAGCACAUGUCCUCAUGGCUGACUGAGCAGGGAUUUGCUCCUGACUCCUCUCAGGAGGCUCAGCUGUGUUUUCUGUGGCGUGUCCUUGAGUGUACGAGAAGCCGUCUGAGCAGCGUGACAAGGGACCAGGACAUGCAGCGCUCGCAACACCUCGCAGAGAUGACAGAGGUACACAAGUCCUUGGAGCAGAUCCGCAUCUUUACGGGGCACAAAGACGUUUUGGCUCAAGAGAUACAAGAGGAGAACGAUCGGCUCAAGGACCAGCUUCAGCAGCUGAUCUCCCUUCAAGACGCCCAGAUAAGCGAGGUGGCUAAAAUGCUGUACCAGCAGGGUCUCACUGAGCUGAUUCACAGCAGCCCCAGUGAGCAGGUGGCAUACCUCCUGGUGGAGAGGGCCUCCAUACUCGAGACGAGCGAGGGUCCCAUCAUCAACAACAACAACAACAGCAGCAUGGACAACUCGGCUGGUGCCGGAAACACAGCCGGACGGCAGGGGUCGGAGAUACAAGCACACGGCAACGCACGACAGGGGGCGCUACCACAUCAUGGCCACAGCUCAUGGAGGAGACUCCUGGGACUCCACAAAGCUUCACACAGAAAACAUGGUCUUACUCCUGCCGAGGCCAGACAUUCGACCGAGCAGUCAAACAGUAUGGACAGGAAGUGGUCUCGUCUGGAGCGGGAUCUGGAGGAGGGAUCCCGCCGAUUGGCCAUGGCCCACACUGAGAUCCGACGUUUGACCGAUGAGCUGGAGUCUGCACGCUUGACCCAAAGGGCUUAUGAGUCUGAGCUUCAGGCGGCGCAGCAGGAAGUAGAAAAACUGGAGAAGUGUGAAAUGGUCGAAGUGCGAAAGGAGAAAGAGCUGAAUGAUCGUCUGGACCUGGAGAUCAGAGCCUUGCGGGUCAGAGUCCGUGCCCUGGAUGCAGAGAAAAGCUGUCUGCAGCGGAAGGUUUUAACUUUGCAGAAGGAGGUGGUUCGGUUAGAGACAGAGCUACAGGAACAGCAGCAGCAGCAGCAGCAGUCUGAGCGGCAGCUCCACGCUGUGCAGGUCCAGCUUGACCAGACUAAUGAGCUGGCUGAAUGUCGGGAAACUGAACUGAAUCAGAGCCAUCGGGUACGCAGAGAUUUACAGAAUAAGCUCAGCACUCAGGAGAUGUGUCUUUUGGACAAGGACACAGAAAUGUGUUACUUGAAGCAGCAUCUGGAUAAUUACCUGCAUAAGCAGCUGGAGAAGGAGACAACACUGAUAUUAGAUGACAGUGAGCAACAAACACAGUUGAAUGAGGAAAGCGAACCACAUCAGUCCACCCGGGACGAGUGUGAGACGCUCAAAGCGGAGAUCUGUGAAACCCUCAAACGCCUCGACAAAGAGCGCAGUAAAUACCACGCGAUGAAGGAAAAACACAAAGCCAGAAUGUGUUCUGCCAAGCAGAAGCUCGAUGAUGAAACCACGUGGCGGGAUGAGAGGAUUAAAGGUCUCGAGCGGGAAUUGUCCUUGUGUUCCCAUUCGUUAACAAAGGUGAAGGAGCUCGUGGCGAGCGUAACUGUGGAAAAUGAGAAGCUGCUCAGCGAGAGGACGGGCUUGUUACGAGAGCUCAGCGAGAAGGACGGUGACCUCACUGCGGCUUCGUCCAAACGCAGGGUGGACUUCCUGGAGGUGGAAAACAAGAAACUGGGAAACCAAAUAAUCCACUUGUGCAGCCAGCUUGCCGUCCUGGAGCGACGCAUGCAGAACAUGCAGUCACAGCAUGUUGCUGAGGAGCUGAAGAAAAAAUACAAUCCUGAUAUUACUACACCUCCCUCUGUGCAGUCUUCAAGCGUGACGACACCGACGCCUUCUAAAUUCCAGAUCUUGCUGGAUCACAAGGACGUGACCUCAUCAUCACCGCGUCCUUUGAUCCCAGUUACCUGAAUCUGACCUCUGCCCAGAGAUGCACACACCAAUCUGCUGCUGCUGCUGCUGCUGCUGCUGCUGCGGCUCCACCACCACCUGCACUCAGCACUUAAGUUUUAUCUUUCAAAAAACAUGUAUAUUAUUGUAUUUAUGCUAUUUUAUUUAUCAGUAAAUGAGAUUAAUAAAGAACAGAAUGAGCCAUU